UAUAUUCGAUUUCCCUCGAGCCUCAAGGACCCUCCCCUAUAACGACAACCACCAGGGAGUUAGCUAUUUCAUCGCUCAUUCAGAAAUACAAUAUGUCCGCGAUGAGUACGGACACGACAGAGAGGGGAUCCGUCAACACCACGAUCCCUGACAAGAACUCGAUAAACGGGUCGGAAUCGGAUCAAGAUGUCGAGGCGGGUGCUCAUAGCCACGAAACUAGUCUCGAUGAGAAGGACCCCGAUGUCGUGGAUUGGGACGGCCCAGAUGACCCAGAGAAGCCGUUAAACUGGGCUGAGAGUAAGAAAUGGCUAAAUAUCGCCAUCUUAUCUAUAAUGACCCUGGUAACCCCACUGGGAUCUUCCAUGUUUGCCCCUGGUAUUCCCGGCAUUAUGGUAGAGUUCCACGAGACCUCUACAACCAUAUCGACUUUCCUAGUCUCGGUAUAUAUCCUAGGGUUCGCCUUCGGCCCGCUCCUCAUAGCGCCGAUAAGCGAGAUCUUCGGUCGUCGUCCCCUGUACAUCUACGGCAACAUCCUCUUUGUCAUCUUCUCGGUCGGUGCCGCCCUCAGCACCAGCAUCGGGAUGCUGAUGGCUUUCCGGCUGUUGAUGGGCCUUGCCGGAUCGGUACCGAUGACUAUCGGAAGCGGUAGCAUUGCGGACUUGAUGCCUAUCGAGAAGCGUGGACGCGCUAUGUCUGCUUGGGCUUUAGGUCCCCUUCUUGGUCCUUGCGUCGGCCCUAUCGCCGGUGGCUAUCUGAUCGAGGCCGCUGGAUGGAGAUGGGUAUAUUGGCUCCUUGUUAUUCUGAGUGGCCUCUUUAUCCCUCUUUCUUUCUUCUUCCUCCAGGAGACCUUCGGCCCCGUCUUACUGAUGAACAAAGUCAAACGGCUCCGUAAAGAGACCGGCAACCAGAACUUACGCAGCAAACUGGCAGGACGGCUCACGCCUAAGGAGCAGUUCACGCAGGCCAUCGUCCGACCGAUGAAGCUCCUCCUGUUGACGCCAAUCGUCACUCUCAUGUCGCUCUACGUCGCCAUCACCUACGGUAUCCUAUACCUUCUCAUCACGACCUUCUCCUUCGUGUACACCCAAAACUACGGUUUCAGCGAAGGCGACAGCGGCCUGACGUACCUCCCCGCCGGAAUCGGCAUGAUGAUCGGCGUCGUGGGUUUCGGACAGCUCACCGACUACAUGGUCCGGAAGAACAAUGAGAAGGGGCUCAAACACAAGCCGGAAGUCCGCAUCUCGCCGCUAAUGACCGUCCCUUGCGGAGUCACGCUCCCCAUCGGCUUGUUCAUCUACGGCUGGACUGCGAACUUCGGCGUGCACUGGAUCGUCCCCAUGCUCGGCGUUCUUAUCUUCGCCGCCGGACUCAUGGGCAUCAUGUCUUGUGUCCAAAAUUACCUCCUCGACACGUACAUCCAAUACGCAGCCUCCGUCACGGCUGCGAUGACGGUACUCCGGUCACUCAUCGGCGCCCUGCUCCCUCUCGGCGGGCUCGACAUGUACAACGCGCUGGGGCUGGGCUGGGGCAACAGCCUCCUCGGGUUCAUCGCACUCGCGCUCAUCCCGAUACCGGUCGUAUUUUUCAUAUUCGGCGAGCGUAUCCGCAAUAGGUUUAAUCCCAAGUUAUAAAAAAACAUUUGGUUAUGAUAUUUGCAUAAGACUUUAUACAGAAUAGACAUAAUAGACUAGAGAUACCACAGGCUAUAGGUAAUGAUAAUGUAUGGUGGGAAACUUGCAUAUUAUUAAUAGACUUAAUAGAGGUUCAUGCCACU